AUGUCUCGAGCUGUCUUGUUGGAUUGCACAAUUUCGGAAGAGCUGGCCCGUUGUGUAGAAGCCCGCAACAAUAAAGCGGCCUUGUUUGGAACACUGGAGACUUUGGCCAAGAUUGAAGGAUGCACAGCGGUGUACUGGGGAUUGCAGAGUGACAGCCAGAAACACCUGUGGCUCGUUGCAGGCUUUGAAGGCCCUCUAAAACGCUUUAAACUGCCUCUCGACAGGUUGUCGCCGUUCCUUGCCGCGCCGCCUCGGAUUCUCGAGGCAGUUCGCCUCUACGAUCUCUGUUCGCUGGAUUCCAGUAUCGAAGUCACGAUUCACCUCACCCGCUCGAGCAUCACGCACGGCUACCAGCUUCAAGAGCAACCCAGCGAUACUCCUUCUGGCCAUGAGAAAACUCUUCUCAACAGCAACGCUGACGGGGAAGGUUGGGUCGAUUUCCAGGCUGCCAAAUGGACAGGCGAUGUCAGGUUUACGUUCGAGUGCAAAAAACCCUUCGACUGGCUGGAAGCGAUGAAACGGAUCAUACCUUACAUGGCUGAUCCGCCUCGUUCUCCAUUUCUCUCGGCAGAGCAAAUCGAUCUCACUAUGAUACCCCACAAGUUUUCAAUGCCUUCCACGACUUCAUAUUACCGUUAUCUCGAAGCAAUGAAGAGUUCCACGAAUGUCGAGUCUGUCACCGAGAUUUUCAAGAGGAUGAAGGCCGAGGAGACUGCUAACGAGGAUGGCUGGGUUCUUGUCAAUGAAGCAGUCUGA